AUGUUGUCUAAGAUCCUCAUCGCUUUCUGUGCCUUUACAGUGGUGUUAAGUGCAUCCUUUUCAAGACCAAAUGUAGAUAUCAUUUCUUCACGUGCCGACAUUUCCCCAGAUGGUUCUUUCCAAUGGAGCUAUCAAUCAGCUGACGGGACCAGUCAGGAACAGUCUGGAAGACCAGAUGUACUAGGCCAAAUUGUGCAAGGUAACGCUGAGUGGUACGAUCCUCAAGGAGUAAGGCACAAUAUCGUAUAUGUGGCUGAUGCUAAUGGUUAUCAGGCAGCCAGUGCUGAUAUUCCCGUAGGACCACCAAUUCCCGCUGCUAUCCUGAAGUCUUUACAGUGGAAUGCUCGCCAUCCUGAAGAGCAGUGA